AUGCACGUUGCGCUUGACUCGUGUCUGUUUCCGGUGUGCGCGGCGCACGGGAAGUCAGUGGUCACAGUUGAGGGAGUCGGGAACACGGACACUGGACUGCAUGCCGUCCAGCGUCGACUGCUGGAGAAUCACGGUCUCCAGUGUGGCUUUUGUACCCCGGGAUUCGUCAUGUCGGCGUUCACUCUGCUACGGAAUCAUCCGGCACCGUCCCGCCGACAGGUGGAGAGGUCGAUUGAAGGGAACUUGUGCCGGUGUACCGGAUACCGACCCAUCAUUGAGGCGUUCUCGUCCUUCUCACCGGAAGUGUGUCCCAUGGGGAGCCAGUGCUGCCGGAACCGCGACAGGUUGGAGAAGACUCCCAGCGUUGAUAAAAAGUUGAUUGCAGAGAAUGAAGACCAAGUUCCUAUAUUCCCACCCGAGCUUCAGGUGUCGGACGCAUACCGCUCGGGACAGGCGGUGUUCGGGAGCGGCGAGAUCACGUGGUAUCGGCCGGUGAGCCUCCGGCAGCUGCUGCAGCUCCGGGACACCUUCCCGUCAGCCCUUCUUGUCAUGGGGAACACCACAACAGGUUUCGCCAUAAAGAAGCACGAGUUUGAUGGCCCGCUGAUUUACGGUGGUGACGUCACGGAGCUUAAACGGUGCGACGUCACCGACGUGGGCAUCACGGUUGGAGGCGGAUGUACCAUGAACGAGCUCGAGGAGCAACUUCCGGUACUGGAGGCCAAGGUGAAGGAAGAAUGGAAGAGAAGACAUAUUAACGUUUUUAACGAGAUGUUGUCGCGAUAUGCCGUACAGCAGAUAAGAAACUGUGCCACGGUUGGCGGAAGUUUGUGCUGUGGCCGGAACGACUCGGACAUAUCCACGCUGUUACACACGCUACCAACUGUGGUCACAAUCGCUUCCCUAAGUGGCGAAAGAACUGUUCCCAUUCAGAACAUGAAGCUGGGGAAGGGAGAAAUCAUAACUAAAGUCCUCAUUCCUCACAGUGAAAAGCGUGAGUACAGCUGGUAUUGGAAAGUUGCUGGGCGACGAUCCUUUUCCCUGGCAAUCGUGAACGGGGCGGCGUCUGCCACCAUAGGAACGGACAACACCGUCACGCGUCUCCGAAUCAGUUUUGGAGGUAUCGCGAAGGGCAAGGUUUACUCUACCGACCUGACGUCAUUCAACAAGAAGAAGUGGAAUGAUGAUCUGCUGCACGGAGUUCUCGGGCGACUCACGGCGGCCCUGGAGUCUGUCAACGGCCAACAAGAGGACAAAUAUCGCGAGGCUGUGGCGUCCGCUUUCUGGUUCAAGUUCUACGCGAAAGUGACAACAGAAUUACAGCUUUCCACGGCCAAUGACUACCAGAGCCUCCUCACACCCCUGUACCGGGAGGGCUACCACAGCAGACAGACCCACGAACAGCCGACGUCCACUGACGCCGUAGGGCGGGAAACACGCGUCAAACACGGUGACGUCGCCGUCUCUGGCCAGGCGAUGUACGCAGAUGACGUUCCGGCUGAAAAAGGUGAGCUGUCUGUCGCCCUCGUCCUAAGCACGAAGGCACGUGCCAAGAUUCUCAAUGUCGAUACUUCCGGUGCAUUGAUGAUGGAGGGCGUGCGGGCGUACCUAGACCACAGGGACCUGGCGGCGCCGGGGACCCACGGGACCAUUAUAAAAGAUCAGCCGAUAUUCGCCAUUGGAGAGGUGCUGUUUUGGGGGCAGCCAAUUGGAGCCGUGGUCGCCGAGACCCGGGAGUUAGCUGUUAGGGCCGCGGCCAAGGUGUCAGUGCUGUAUGAAGACCUUGAGCCAAUUCUCACUAUUCAGGAAGCCAUAGAGAAAGAAAGCUACUUUGGGCCACCGAUGGAAAUGGUAGAGGGUGACGUUGAAGCGGCCUUGGCCAAAAGUGACGUAGUUUUUCAGGGAGAAUACGCCACCGGGCUGCAGGACCACAUGUACAUCGAGCCGCACGCAGCGGUGGCGCGUCUCCGGGAGGGCGGCGAGAUGGAGGUAACGGUCACCGGCCAGAGCAUCCGACACGACCAGGAGGCAAUCGCCGAACUACUGGGUAUCCCUAACCACAAGACAACUGUCAGGGUCAAACGACUUGGCGGCGGAUUUGGCGGGAAGGAGAGUAUUUCCCCAGCAGUGUCUGUUAUCACCGCCCUUGCAGCGAAAAAGACAGGGAAGUCGGCGCGCUUGGUGCUACCGAGGGAAGUCGAUAUGGCGUUUAAGGGAAAGAGACACCCGAUGCUCGGAGUAUAUAAGGUGGGCGUGUCCAAUGACGGGAUCCUUGAAGCCAUUGACGUGAAAUUGUACAGCAACGCUGGAUAUGCUGUCGACCUCUCAUGGCCGAUUUUAGAGAACGCAGUGACGUCAUUCGAAUCCGGCUACAAGGUGCGCGCUCUGCGAGUGGUGGGCCGUGCUUGCAAAACUCACACUGCGUCCAACACCGCCUUCCGGGGAUUCGGCCACCCGCAGGGUGUCCUGGUCAUGGAGGAUAUCGUCACCAGGGCCGCCGCCGUCACGGGUCUAACACCGGAAGUGAUCCGUGAACGCAACCUGUACAAGGACGGUGACAUGGCGCCGUGUGGGACGUUAAUGAAGAACGUUACGUUACCGCUACUCUGGCGUGAAUGUAAACAGGGCAGCCAUUAUGAGCAAAGACUCAAGGAUGUUGAAGAUUUUAACAAGCAAAACCGAUGGAAAAAGCGGGGUAUCGCCAUGACUGCAACAAAAUACGCCGUUGGCUUCGGUCUCCCAACUUAUAACCAGGGUGCAGCUCUGGUGAAUAUUUACCUGGAUGGAACCGUAUUGGUCGAGCACGGAGGAAUCGAGAUGGGGCAGGGACUGAACACAAAAUGCAUACAGGUCGCGUCACGAACGCUUGGACUACCGGAAGAGAAGAUCUACACUUGGGAAUCGUCCACGCGCGAGAUUCCGAAUGCCAUAGUUACGGCCGGAAGUAUGGGCUUUGACCUGUACGGACCCGCCGUGAAGAUCGCGUGUGAGACCUUGAUUGAGCGGCUAAAGCCUGUACGAGAAGCGAUGCCGGACGAUCCAUGGGAGAAACAGGUGAAGGCUGCUUUUCAACAGAGAGUACCCAUGUCGGCUACAGGAUAUAACAGGCCACCCGAUAAGGACCAUUUUAGCAUGGCAAAGAAGAACGGAAACAAACAGGACUAUUUCACAUACGGGGCUGUUUGCACCGAGGUGGAAAUAGAUGUUCUUACAGGAGAAAACCAGGUGGUUCGUACUGACAUAUUCGUAGACCUGGGCUCCAGCGUCAACCCUGCCGUGGACAUUGGACAGAUAGAGGGCGCCUAUGUGAUGGGUCUGGGUAUGGUAACUAGUGAGGACAUGCGAGUAAACGCGGAGGGACAGAAUAUGCACUGCAGUCCACUUCUCUACAAGAUCCCUAGCGUCACAAGUGUACCCCGAUCUUUCAACGUCACACUCGUUAAAAACCCAUACGAUAUCAAGACUAACAUCUACUCAUCUAAGAGUGUCGGAGAGCCUCCGUUGAUCCUAUCCAUGUCUGUAAUUACCGCAAUUAAACACGCAGUAGGGGCUGCGCGGGCACAACAGGGUCAAGAAGGCUACUUCCGGAUGGAUUCACCGGCCACUGUGCAGAGAAUAGCGGAACUUUGUGGAGAGCAGAUACAUACCAAAAAAUAAAGAGUUAAAAAGUUGUGCAUUAAGGAAGAAUAAAUUAAUAAAAUCAGUAAUAAAAUGUACGCACAUGAACUAAAGAAUAUAAUAUAAUACAAAUUCACUGUCCGGGGAAAUUGAUAUGUUCCAGAGCUACAGAUAUUAUUUGAAUGAAUUGAGUUAGAAACGUCGGAAACUUUUGACAAAAUUUUAUAUUAUUCAGUAAAACGUCUUUCUUAUAAACCCUCCGACAAAAGCAGAUUUCAUUGAAUAUUAAAACUUGAAUGGAGUUCUGCCAAUUUAUGAUAAAAUUAUAAAUAAUAUAGCAAAUGUAACAAUUAUAUUCUAGUAAAAUAAACAUAUAUUAUUAAAAUGCUUUUUUUUUUUUUACAAUAAACAGAACUAGAGCUAUCAAAAUUGUGACGAAUG